AUGUGUGCGGCGAAAGAUUGCGAAGGAGCUGGAUGUGAUUUUCGAGAUGGAUCGGGCAAGAUGCUUUGUAGCUCGCACGCCAGUUCGCUACCGUUUACUGUUCACCGGUUCGCGAGCAACGGCAAUCUUCGGUCGUUCUUGUCCCGCUCGGAAGAUAAUAAGCGCAAAAUGUGGCGGCUGCUGUACCAAGCAGUGCUGGGGUUGAAAUACAUCCACUCCAAGGGUGUGACCCACGGCAACCUGAAGCUGUCCAAUAUCCUUGUGGAUGCAGACGGCAAUGCACAACUGGCGGAUUUCGGACUGCAUACUCUACGAACUUGUGCCACCCUGUCGUCGGAUGCUCCACAGGAAUCAGGCACGGAUAAAGUUUACUGGCUAGCCCCGAAAUACUUGGCAAGACGACCGACGUUUGCAUCGGAUAUGUAUUCAUUUGCGAUGUGUAUGUUUGAAGCUGUGACCGAAGAACCUCCUUAUGCGCUGUUAUGUGGCGGUGAUAUUCGUGAUUGCAAACUGAAAGAUCUUGCAAACUGGGAAUCUAUGGGGAGACCUCUUACGGCUAAGACGUGCAGUGGGUGUUCUUUUACGAUUUCGGCUGGUUCUCGAUUUUGCGCGGAGUGCGGACUACCAGUUACCGGUACCCGGGAACUCGCUCAAAGUUGUACGCAGCGUGCGACUUUAGAGCUUGCCUGCGAGAAAUCUGUCGAGGCACUGAUCAGUGCAAUUCUCGUUGGCGAUACGGAUCAACAGGAGCAAGCUCUUAUGCGCCUUUACCAAAAAUGCUGCGACGAUGACCUGCGCCAACAAAUGUACGACUCAAAUGGAGUCCCUGUACUAGUCGAAAUUGUGAAAAACGGCCGCACACAUUUUGGGCAACUUGGUGCGCUUGGGUGUCUUACCUGGGCGGGCCAAGAUUCCCGAAUGUCGUCACAAGAGCUGCUAUCGCUCUGCGAUUUGGUUCGUGUUGCCACGGCUGUUGGGUGUACCGCUAUGGGGUUACUGGCAAAUGGAGGCGAGAUGGAACAGCUGUGGUCCGUCAGCGCGCUUGGGCAUUUAGCCAACAACGACACAAACCGUCUUGCACUUGUUCGAGAUGGAGUCAUCGCGCCGGUGGUACACGUAAAUCGAGCUGGCACUGUUCUUCUCAGGGAACGAUCACUCUGGGCGCUAAGUCAGUUUAGUGUUACUAAGGCGUGUUGUGGUGUGCUUUCAACGGGAGGUGCGAUUUCGUGCUUUGUCACAUUGCUUCGUGAAGGUAGUGAUACCGAGAAACGCCACGCCGCGUUUGCACUGGCAAAUAUUUCAUUGUCCGGUACAGCUAACAAACGCGUCAUAGUCGCGGAAGGUGCUUUACCUGCUUUCGCGAUGCUGCUGCGACGUGGAACUGAUAUCCAGAAGACCUACGUGCUGCGAGCGCUGGGGGAGCUGGCGGUUGAUAAGGAAAAUCGCGACUUAAUCAUGAGUGAAGAUAUAGUCACGGCUGUUGUGGCUAUUGUUUCUAAUGGCCCCGAUACGCAGAAGUUGACGGCAGUGCUGGCUUUGGGUAAUUUGGCUGCAGAUGUGGGCAACAUUGAAGCUAUAACGCGUUCAGGAGCCAUACCGGUGCUUCUGGAUCUAUUGCAGCAUGGGGGUACAAGACCGAAAGAGCAAGCUGCGCGAUGUCUAGCGAAUAUAUCGCUGGAUUCUGAAAGUUGCAGCAGAAUUGUUGAUGCACAAGGUGUGUCACCUCUCGUAGCACUUCUGCAAAGCGGAACCACUACACAGAGGGAUAGUGCGGUACGGGCUUUGGCGAACCUCGCGCAUAAUCCUGCAAGCAGAGACCAAAUUGCUCGGGAAAACACGCUUUCCUUGCUUGUGACACGACUGCGUGGGGAUACUGAUUCUCAAAAGUACCAUGCAAGUCGAGCUCUGGCUAAUUUGGCGCUUGACAAGGAGAACUGGAGCAACCAAAAAGCUCCGCGGGAAGUAAUUGCGAAUAACGUCCGCUGGCUAGCCCCGGAAUGUUUGGCUGGGCGAUCGACGAUUGCGUCUGACGUGUACUCGUUCGCCAUGUGUAUGGUUGAAGCUGUGACUGAAGAACCCCCUUACGCGUUGAUAAGUGCUGAUGAUGUUCGUAGCUGCAAAGAAAGUGGAGAAAUCCCGGACAACCCUGAUGAAAUGGCUGACGAAGUUUGGAAGCUCGUCGUGUCGAUGACCGACAAAGACCCAGAUAAACGUGUUCCACUUUCUGUCGUGGUUGCAAGUUUAAAAGCUUGGUCAGACUGCGAAUCUGCCGAGAGAUCUCUUACGGCUAGUGUUUGCUGUGAAUGUUCUACUAUGAUUUCGGCUGGUUCUCGGUUUUGUUCGGAGUGUGGAGUACCAGUGUUUUCUUCCUUUCAAACGACGCACAAUAAUCAAUUGAACCGUGCACACGAUACCCCGAUCGCAACAUCCGAAUCGACCUAUGAACACUCUAUCGAGGACCUGAUCAACUCAGUUCUCCUUUUCCGCUUCAUCACCAUUCACCAGUACUUUGACAAGCGGCGCCACAACACCAGCGCGUUGGAGCAGGUCGUGGCCGUCUGCACCAGCAACACACGUGCAUGGCCCCCAUUGCAGCACACUCAUCGGCCGUGGCGCCACGAACGAAUCCUCGAAGCGAAGCGAGCUCCUGUGGGGAGACUCUGUUUGCCGCAUUCAGGCAUCCAAGUGCACAAAGUUGCGCGAAAUGUGUGCGACCAUGUUUCACGAUUUCGACUAGACGGUAAUGAGACUGAGAAAAAUUAUGCGGUGCUUGGACUUGCAAACAUUACUUGGUCCAGCAAGACCAAUAGAACCAUCGAAGGUGCCAUACCUGUUCUAGCGGCACUGCUACGAAGUGGAACACAACCCCAGAAGGAAUUCGUGGCUCGGGCUGUGGCUAAUCUGGCGAUCGAUAAAGAAAAUCACGGCUUGUUAAUGGGCGAAAUAUUGAAACUAUUGUGA